AUGACUUUUGGAAUUCUUUACUUGAUGGGUGUGGAGUUAAUUGGCUUAGGCUUUCCUAUUUUGAUUAUCAGUGUAUGUUUUGUCUUCAAUGUGGGAAAUUCCGUUGUCUCUCAUUUCGCUUUCAUCUCUAUGGGUUUCUAUCCUAUAUUUGGUUCAUACUAUGUUCUCAUGUCCAACACUGAUUACAGGAACAAAGUGAAAGGGAUAGUUAAGAAAGCACAGGAACUCGUUACCUGA